AUGGUGAUGAGAAUGCCCCAACCUCUCUGGCGUUGUCUCCUGUAUUCUAGCCUGCUUUUGCUUUUUUGCAAAGGUAAGUGUCCCGUUUCCCGUCCCAUUAGAAAAGAAUAUAUAGUUGUCUUUCAGUGCUACAUGGCGUGAAAAAUACCACGAUACUGGCAGUAGAUUGGGCUUAUGUGAGUAUAAUGCUAUUGAGAGAAAAAAACAACCCUAAGUUUUGUCUGAAUUGUAUGGGGAAAAGACCAACCUGUAUAUGUAAUUGAGCACUGAUCCUGCACAAAACUCCCAUGGAAGUUAGAAUUGCAUCCAGUCUUUUAUUGAGUAUUUGUUCUGAUUUGCUUGGAAACUCUACGAGUUUUAGCUACAGUGCAAGCCUAAGCACGCCUACUCAGAAGUAAAUCCUAUUCAAUUCAGUGGGGCUAAGCUGUAGUUUCCAGUUUUGGAAUACUGCAAUACUGCAUAUUGAUUUCCACAACCUGACCAAAUUUCUGGCUAGGACUCUGCAAUAAUUACAAUGAAUGAGGGCUUUGACAUUUGCAAUCCCUUGGAGCGCUUCUCCUUCUCUUGGAAGAACGUACAUUUAAAAAAAAACACAGUGGAAAUUGUGUGAUUUGGAAACCCACAAAACGACUUGUUUUGAUUCCAGUUUAACAAACAUUUGGAACAAAUUACAACAAAUUUGCCUUCCUUGGUGAGCCCCUCUCUCUCUCUCCUGAAUGUAUGAGGCCAGCUUCUCCAUAGAAGCUCUACCUCACGGUUUAUAAAGCUAUUGUAUUUAACUUUGGGGGGUGGGCUGACAUCUGUUGGUGUUUAGCUUGGAUUAUUUUAGUUGGCGGCAGCAAAGUUGCUUUUGAUUUCCUAUUCUUGGGCUCAGUUGCAUUGUUCGAAUAAAGCAACAAAGUCAUCCUGGCUUUAGCAUAAUAACGCUGUGUUGGUGCACACCUGGAGGUGACUUCUUUGCAGGUGAACCGGAGGGACCUUGUUGUGGACCUGGGGUCACUUGUGGGGCAGAGAGAAGGGCAAGGAAGCUGCCUGCUGUGCUUAGAACUGGCUUCAAAGCAACCCAACCGAACAGAAACAAGGGAGCCCCUCUCCAUUUCCAGCAGCUGCACAAACAUACAAUAUGCAAAAAAAGAGCAGCCAAAGCAGUUAUUCUGAACUGACAAGGGUAGUCCAGGGAAGCCCCAGUUAGAUUUCUCUUUUCCUACUGCCACAUUCUUUCCUCCUUCACCUCUUCCAUCUGUUGCCCUGUGAGGUGCAGCAGUGGCCUCGACAACGAGAGCUUUACAUACCCUCCAACAUUUCGCCGGUGAAAUGUUUUCGGAGGUUAAGUCCUGAGUAACUGAGAGGGAGGGACGCGGGUGGCGCUGUAGUCUAAACCACAGAGCCUAGGGCUUGCCAAUCAGAAGGUCGGCGGUUCGAAUCCCCGCAAUGGGGUGAGCUCCCGUUACUCGGUCCCUGCUCCUGCUAACCUAGCAGUUUGAAAGCACGUCAAAGUGCAAGUAGAUAAAUAGGUACCGCUAUGGUGGGAAGGUAAACUGCAUUUCCAUGCGCUGCUCUGGUUCGCCAGAAGCGGCUUAGUCAUGCUGGCCACAACCCGGAAACUGUACGCCGGCUCCCUCGGCCAAUAAAGCGAGAUGAGCGCCGUAACCCUAGAGUCGGUCACGACUGGACCUAAUGGUCAGGGGUCCCUUUACCUUUACCUAACUGACAGGGAGGCAGCUUUUAGCGUUCUGCAAACUGAACAGAAACAUCCUUGGGGUUAUUUUGCUUAAAAAACAGGUCUCUGUGUAAGGCCUUAAGGCUUAAUCCCAUCUACGUGGAAAUGGACUGUGUCAGGCUGCUGUGCACAUUGCGUUUUCUUCCGGGGCCAAGUACAGCACUUUGCCCCCAUCCUCUUCAUGGUGCACACACAACCUAGAUCUUGCCCUGAAAAGCACUCCUUGAGAAACUGGGGGGGGGGGGGUAUGUGGGAACCUAUAAUAUCAUUUAUAAUAUAAUUUGUUAAUUGUGUUGCAUUUACAUAUAGCAAAGGGAAGCCUAGAGCAAUUAGAUAUAUUUUAAUUUAGGUAAUCUAGGUAAUAGGCUUAUGUUAGAAAAUGAAUAUGGAUUUUGAAUUUGAUGUUUGUAAAUUUUAUUUUAUUUUUUUGAAAGAAAGAAAAAAAAGAGAAACUGGUUUCAUUUUGAAAAUAAAAAAAUUGUUGCAGAGUGAUUUGGCAUCCCCACCCCCCCACCCGUGUGUCCAUUAGCGGGAAGGAAAAAAUGUGAAUCGCCUAAUCAGAGGGAGGGUUUUCUAAUGCGUAUCAAGUAAACCCACCUUCCCUUGUGGCAAACCAGGAUCCCGGACCAAUAUAGACCAAACAGCAUGCUAAGAAUGAGCAUGAUUGCAGUGCUAUUUUUCUAGAAAAAGAGGUGCCAGAACUCACCAUGAACACUUCUCUCGUUCUCCUAGAAUGGCAAUGGCGCCCACUGGAGCCCACCAGAGGUGCUGGAACUGAGUUCCGGCUGAAAAAAUGCCAUGGGGACGUCCUAUUGCAUGCCCUCCAACAUUUCUCCAAUGAAAAUAGUGUGGGUGGCACUGUGGUAUAAACUACUGAGCUUAGGGCUUGCCGAUUGGAAGGUUGGCGGUUCGAAUCCUCACGAUGGGGUGAGCUCCCGUUGCUCAAUCCCAGCUCCUGCCAACCUAGCAGUUCAAAAGCACAUCAAAGUGCAAGUAGAUAAUUAGGUUCCGCUCUGGCGGGAAGGUAAACGGCAUUUCUGUGCGCUGCUCUAGUUUCACCAGAAGCGGCUUAGUCAUGCUGGCCACGUGACCCGGAAAAACUGUCUGCAGACAAACAUUAGCUCCCUUGGCCAGUAAAGUGAGAUGAGCGCCGCAACCCCAGAGCUGUUCACGACUGGACUUAACUGUCAGGGGUCCUUUACCUUUAAGGAAAAGUGGGACAUUCCGGGAUCAAAUCAGAAACCAGGACAGCUUCUGUAAAUCUGGGACUGUCCCUGGAAAAUAGGGGCACUUGGAGGGUCUGGCUUUAGGGUGGGGCCGAGACAGAAGGGACUCCUGCAAUUCUCCCUCUCUGACCUUUCUUUCUCUCUCUCUUUCCUCCUUCAGGAUGCACAGCACUGACCUAUGAUGACUUUGAAGAUGAAAGUAAGAGAGAAACAAGUAUUUGUUCUCUGGGAACAAGAAGAGCAAACCAGUCCUUAGCACUGCCCUUUCCCAUUUAUCUUUCCGUUGCCAUUUCCACACUUCUCAUACAGAGGGUACUGGGCCGUUAUGAAAUGGGGACACGGGAGGGCCUUCCCAGAGGCUGCACCCUAGAUUUAGAAGACCCCCCCUAGGGACGUCCACAUAGCCCAGUGGUCCUCAAAGGGUGUGGUGUGCCACACUGGUGUGGCAGGAGAGGGUGGCGAGUGUGGUGGGAACAUUCAAGGACAAUCAAUAUUAUAUUCUGGGAAUGAUUUGUGUUGUUACAGAGCCACAGUCUUUUAUACAGUGGUUCCUCGGGUUACAGACACUUUAGGUUACAGACGCUUCAGGUUACAGACUCUGCUAACCCAGAAAUAGUACCUCGGGUUAAGAACUUUGCUUCAGGAUGAGAACAAAAAUCGCGUGGCAGCAGUGGGAGGCCCCAUUAGCUAAAGUGGUACCUCAGGUUAAGAACAGUUUCAGGUUAAGAACGGACCUCCAGAACAAAUUAAGAUCUUAACCUGAGGUACCACUGUACUUUCUGGAUAUCUCACGAUCAUAUGACAAAGUAGUUGUGUUCUGUGCUAUAAAUCAAGCACUGCUAGAAGUUGUUUUGUUUUCCAAUGUACCGUAUUUUUUGCUCUAUAAGACUCACUUUUUCCUUCCUAAAAAGUAAGGGGAAAUGUGUGUGCGUCUUAUGGAGCGAAUGCAGGCUGCUCAGCUAUCCCAGAAGCCAGAACAGCAAGAGGAAUUGCUGCUUUCACUGCGAAGCGAUCCCUCUUGCUGUUCUGGCUUCUGAGAUUCAGAAAUUUCCCCCCCCUUGUUUUCCUCCUCCAAAAACUAGGUGCGUCUUGCCGUCUGGUGCGUCUUAUAGAGCGAAAAAUACGGUAUUUCUUAUCGAUAAAAAAAUUGUUGUGGCGCGAGCAAAUUUUUAUUUUGGAAGUGUGGCCCAGAAUCCAACAUUUCUCCAAUGAAAAUAGGGUCGUCCCAUUCCGUAAUGAUAAUUUUACUAUUUAUAUCCCACACAUUUGACUGGGUUGCCCCUGCCACUCUGGGCAGCUUCCAACAUGUAUAAAAACAUAAUAAAACAUUAAAUAUUAAAAAAAACUUCCCUAUACUGGAUUGCCUUCAGACGGCUCGGGGAUCAGAUAACUCCAUUCCCUCCAACAUUUCUCCAAUGAAAAUAGGGGUGUCCUAAGGAAAAGCAGGACAUUCCGGGAUCAAAUCAGAAACUGGGACAGCUUCUCUAAUUUAGGGACAUCUCUGGGAAAUAGGGACACUUGGAGUGUCUGGUGACCCAGAAAAAAUGUUUGAGAACCACCGACUUAGCCCCUUUUCUUUCCACUGUCAGGAAAACACAUUUUAAAUUCAUCUAAAAGUGUUUUAAUGUGACCACUGUUUGGUCCUAUUUUCUCUCUUUUUAUAUUUUUUAAAGUGUUUUGAUGUAUUUUUAAUGGUUGCUGUAAAUCAUCACCAUCAUAAUUUUAUUAUUUGUACCUCGGCCAUCUGACCAGGUUGCCCCAGUCACUCUGUGCAGCUUCCCACAUAUAUAAAGACAUCCACCACCAUCAUCAUCAUCAUCAUCAUUUAUUAUUUAUACCCCGCCCAUCUGGCUGGGUUUCCUCAGCCACUCUGGGCAGCUUCCAACAAAAUAUUAAAAUACAAUAGUCUAUUAAACAUUAAAAGCUUCCCUAAACAUAAUGAAACAUUACAAACUGAUCGCCUCGGGUAAUAUAUUGUAGAAAGGUUGGCCAAUAAAUUGAAAGAACAGCCAAACAAAUUGUACGACAAGCAGUAGUUUGGCAGGUGAAGCGUUUCUGGUGUCUCUGCACAUUGAGGAGGAAAGAUUUCAGCUGCUGAAUUUCUGCCUGCAAUGACGGUGCUAAAGGCACACGAAUUCUGCCAGAAAAAAAUGUGGUAAUCUCUUCCCAAGACAGUAACAGAUUCCCUCCCUCUUUAAUAAGGACAUCAGGUUAGGGCAAGGGGGAACUUUUCAUUUGUGCUUUCCUCCCCACUCCUCCCCAAACUGGAAGAGAUCCCAGAACUACCUAAUAUUUUUGGAUCAGGAAUAGGGAGUCGCUGCCUUGGGAAGGAAGGCGUUUGGUGAGUUUUCGCUUUUGAACAAGGAGGUGCUUGAGAGGAAACCAUGGAUGUUUAUAAAAAUUACUCGGAACAAUGUGGAAGGAGCCGAUAAGGCAGGGAUUCCUUUUCUCUUUUUUUAAACAGUAACACUUAGGGUCAACCAGUGAAUUUUUACCACACCAGGGCAGAUAGAAGUUAAUAUUGCAUUGUGCAACAUGUAAUGUAUCUACGGAACGCAUUGUACCUGGGUGUUCUGGUGGCAUAGAUGGCUUUCAAAAGAAUUGUUUUCUCUCUCUUUUGCCUUCUUGGGGAAUGUUCAUUCAUGUCCAUUGACCAUUGCAGCCAAGAAUAAAAGAUUUAAUUUGAAAGCAGGAUGAUGCCCAGUUGCCAGAAAUACUGGCUUGGUUUGCAAUGUUAAUGUUAUGUACUGAGUUGAAUACGAUCCAAAAUGCAGCAGUCUGAUUGGUCCUAGAACAAUAGGAUUCAGAAUGCAGCAGUCUGAUUGGUCCACAGGAGCCACCCAAUCCAGCUCCAGGUGGAAGUGAAUCCGCAACCUGAUUGGCUAAUUCCGGGAUUCUCCUGUAGGCCAAUCAGGUGGGGCCCAUUGUGUAAAUAAUGUAUAUAAAGCAGACAUUCUGGGGGAACUUCCAUUCCUCCUCACCACUAUGAGCUGAAUAAAGAGCAUGAAAUCCACUCUCGACUCCGAGUAUAUUUCAGUUAAACAAUAGUUUAAAACAGGGGUCAGCAAACCUUUUCAGCAGGGGGCCGGUCCACUGUCCCUCAGACCUUGUGGGGGACCAGACUAUAUUUUUGGGGGGAGGGGAAUGAACAAAUUCCUAUGCCCCACAAAUAACCCAGAGAUGCAUUUUAAAUAAAAGGGCACAUACUACUCAUGUAAAAAGACACUGAUUCCCGGACCGUCCUUGGGCCGGAUUUAGAAGGUGAUUGGGCUGGAUCCAGCCCCCGGGCCUUAGUUUGCCUACCACGGUUUAAAAUAAACUAUAGCUUAAUGUGCACAAGCACAUCUCCUGCACAGCUGCUGCUCUUAACCUCGCCAUGCAGAGGAGAAAACAAGCCCCAAGCAAGCUAGAGUGUGUCUUGUUGUGAUGUGUGAAGCUGUGCUCAUGGUUUGUUAUCUUCAAAUAAACCAAACAAGGUAAACUAAGGACAUGGUUUGGUUGUAGGAAACAAACCAUGGUUCUGGGUUCACACAUCACAACAUUGAGACUCUGGCUAGUUUCCUCCCUUGAAUGGCACAGAUGGGACUAACUUCAACUCCAUCAGUUUCAGUGGGUCUACUCUGACUGUGAUCAACUCAGAUACAACGGAUAGUUUGUCUUUUAACUACGGUUUAACGCGGCAUUUGAACGCAGACAUUGGGACUUAAGGUUGCCUGGAUGCCUUGCUUGCUGGUCACUUCAAAGUUCCUCAUUCCUGAUCUUUGUAGUUGUGACAGGAGGGAAAACCAACAUGCACAUCCUCAGAGAGGCACUCGUGAACUUAAGCAGGGUUCUGGGCUGAGCCUUUGUCCUCCUCCAGAUGUUUGUCCUCCCAGCAGAGAUUUAAUAAUCUCCAUUAUCCCUCGCUUGGGAACCUCUGGGGUGGGGGAGGUCUCUGCUGGAGAGAAAAGUGCUGUGCCAAGAUAUAUCUUUGAUCUGAUCUACAGAGCCCAGGACUUGCCGAUCAGAAGGUCAGCGGUUCGAAUCCCCGCAAGGGGGGGAAAGCUCCCAUUGCUCAAUCCCAGCUCCUGCCAACCUAGUAGUUCGAAAGCACGUCAAAGUGCAAGUAGAUAAAUAGGUACCGCUCCGGCGGGAAGGUAAACAGCAUUUCCGUGCGCUGCUCUGGUUCGCCAGAAGCGGCUUAGUCAUGCUGGCCACAUGACCCGGAAGCUGGACGUUGGCUCCCUCGGUCAGUAAAGCGAGAUGAGCGCCACAACCAGAGUCGUCCGUGACUGGACCUAAUGGUCAGGGGUCUCUUUACCUUUACCUUUAUGGAUCAGUACUUGGGCUGAUUCCAUCUGUCUUCCUCUUAAGUUUGUGUCAGUUCUGGAGCCUAAAGCUGAAGGUGAAAUUGUGUAUACAGUACAGGGGAGAUGAAACAGGCUUCACAGGUUCCCCGCCUUUAGAUAGAUCUUUCUUGAGGAAGGUAAUAGUUGAGCCAGCGAGUCCCCAGGCCUGCCCUAUCACUGUUACUCAUCCUACUGCUGUUCCUAGACUAACAUCUACCUUCUCCUUCCAGUCUCCUACCUGUAUCCAGAUGAAGGUGAGCAACAAUCUCUUCCUCCCAUCUCCUCUGUUGCCAAACAGAAGUCUUUGUUCUUCUUUUAGCCACAGGCUUCUGUUUUAAUGAGAUCUGUGUCCCAAAAUGGUCUGUUUACCCAAUAUCUCGCUUUUUAUUUUGUGACCUCUCUUGGAAGUUUUCACAUGUGACACACACUGAAUAAUAAUAAUAAUAAUAAUAAUAAUAAUAAUAAUAUUUUAUUUAUACGCCGCCCAUCUGGCUGGGUUAUAGCGAACCAGACAGAGGGUCUUCUUGGUAGUGGCACCCACCCUAUGGAACGCCCUCCCACCAGAUGUCAAAGAGAAAAACAACUAGCAGACUUUUAGGAGACAUUUGAAGGCAGCCCUGUUUAGGAAAGCUUUUAAUGUUUAACGGACUAUUGUAUUUUGUUGGAAGCCACCCAGAGUGGGCGGGGUAUAAAAUUAUUAUUGUUGUUGUUGUUGUUGUUGUUAUUUGCACAACUCUAGUUACAUGCACCAUUUGCCUGUUGGGUUGAAUGUAAAAAGCUGGCUGGAAUGUGAUUUGAUUCCUUUCCCAAUUCAACACCAUUUGCACACAGUGUAGGUGGUACAACAGAAUCAGGCAUCCUUUCUGUUGCCUGCAGUGUUUGAUACGCUUUCUUCCCAGAGCCAAACUAGAAGUGAUGUUUGUCAGGUAGUUUGCAUUUGCAUAGCUGAUGUUUAAUAAAUGAAUUGCUGGCAAGAUGCCAUGAACUGAUUUUAUAAUGAAAUGAUUUUAGAAUGUUGUAUUAUUUUACUGUUGUUAGCCGCUCUGAGUCCGGCUUUGGCUGGGGAGGGCGGUAUAAAUAAAUUAUUAUUAUUAUUAUUAUUAUUAUUAUUAGAGCAGGGGGUGGAGGCACACACUGAGCUGGAUGGGAUGGGGCAGGGGAUUUUUGCCUGCCACAGUCCCAGUCAUAAUUCUCUUCCGAUCUCUCAUUCUCGGCUAGGGCCUUUUGAAGAAGAGGACGACCAAGCCAGUGACUGUGGAGAUACCUACUAUGACUGGGUAGCGCUGUUCUGCUGGCCCAAGUUUCAUGCCUCCGUCAUGGCUGCAGCAGAUAGCAGCAGGUGUAUCUGGGAAACAACUGGCAGGUAUAGAUUUCUGAGCCGCAGACCUGGUUCCUGGUACCUCAGGGGGGUUGGUUUCUUGAUUUAUUUUACAUAUAGGCCUCCCCCCCCAUUUAUGUGGGGGUUACAUUCUGGUGUAUUGUUCCUUCUAUGGCAGAGACAAUGCCUUCCAAGAUUUCUCCAAUGGAAACAGGGACUCCUACCACACUCUGCAUCUUAAAAAGCAGAGACAUCACCUUGCCAACAAAGGUCCGUAUAGUUCAAGCUAUGUUUCCCCCAGUAGUGACGUAUGGAAGUGAGAGCUGGACCAUAAAGAAGGCUGAUCGCUGAAGAAUUGAUGCUUUUGAAUUAUGGUGCUGAAGGAGACUCUUGAGAGUCCCAUGGACUGCAAGAAGAUCAAACCUCUCCAUUCUGAAGGAAAUCAGCCCUGAGUGCUCACUGGAAGGACAGAUCCUGAAGCUGAGGCUCCAAUACUUUGGCCACCUCAUGAGAAGAGAAGACUCCCUGGAAAAGACCCUGAUGCUGGGAAAGAUGGAGGGCACAAGGAGAAGGGGAUGACAGAGGAUGAGAUGGUUGGACAGUGUUCUUGAAGCUACCAACAUGAGUCUGACCAAACUGCGGGAGGCAGUGGAAGACAGGAGUGCCUGGCGUGCUCUGGUCCAUGGGGUCACGAAGAGUUGGACAUGACUAAACGACUAAACUACAACAACCAUACUCUCCAACACCUAUACAGUGAAAAUAGGGACGUUCUAAGGGAAAGCGGGACAUUCUAGGAUCAAGCCAGAAACCGGAACGGCUUCUGUAAAUCUGGGACCGUCCCUAGAAAAUAGGGACACUUGGGGGGUCUGAGAGAUAAUUGAUCCUGAGUCUGAGCUCCUUGACAAAUUGGUUGCCAUGUUCUUGUUGAUGGUGCAGUGAAUAUACUAGGCAGGGAGUAAAGGCAAGCUACCGCAGUGCUAUAGGGACAAGGUUGCCCCUUUAAGGAUUUUCACUCCUCAGACAUGGAAGUGGAGCUUGGGAAGGUGAGUCCAUGCCUGGAAGGUUCACCCCUCCAAUGUAUUUUUUAUUUGCCCAGGAACCUCACCAAAAUGCUAAAGAGGAUGCACCUCCACAGGCACAUACCUCCACGUUAGGGCGGUUCAUAAAAAACUUUAUUUUGAAAAUGCCUGCUUCCAUAAAGGGGAAUUUGAAAACUUUGAAAACUUGGGAAUUCAAAGGAUAUUUCGGUUAAAUUAAUCCAAUUUAGUUUUGGUUGGUGAGUAAAAUGUGUGUAAAAUUGCACAGCAAUCAUUAAAAACGAUUGCCAAGUACUUGCUGUUAUAUAAUAUUAAUUUAUUUAUUAAACAUUGCCAGAUAUUUUCAGACAGCAGAAUUAACACUCUUUGGCUUUCCAAAAGCACUUCAUGCACUUCUUCAACAAAUGUUAUUAUUAUUAUUUAUUAAAUUUCUAUACCGCAUCUCAUCUGAAGAUCAAGGGGCGGUUUACAAGAUGAUGUUGUCCAAUCACAAAAAUAAAAGCAGUUUUGAUUCCCUCACACCUAAAAACCUAUUUUUAAGACCCCUUCACGAAAGACAUUUGCAAAAAGAGAGAGAGAGAGAGCAUACAGUUGUACCUUGGAAGUCGAACGGAAUCCAUUCUGGAAGUCUGUCCAACUUCCAAAACAUUCGGAAACCAAAGCGCGGCUUCUGAUUGGCUGCCGGAAGCUGCUGCAGCCAAUUGGAAGCCCCGUCGGACGUCCGGCUUCCAAAAAUAGUUUGCCAACCGGAACAGUCAUUUCCGGGUUUGCGGCGUUUGGGAGCCAAAACGUUUGAGAACUAAGGCGUUCGAAAACUAAGGUCCGACUGUAUUUGAAUUCCUCCCACCCAAAUGCAUAUUUUUAAGACCCCUCACUGAAUAAAUUUGCAAAUGCCCUAGAAUCAUAGAAUCGUAGUUCACCCACCUGCAAUGCAGGAAUCUCAGCUGAAGCAUCCAUGACAAAGCGUGUUCUCCCCAAAUGAGAGCACGGGUUGCGGGGGGGUCUGCCAGGCCAAACCUCUGUUGCCAGGCAGGUUAAAUGGUUAUUGCCUGAAGCAACGAUGGGAUGACUAGGUUGCUGGGGCAAAUUGCAUGUUGCAAUUUGGGUGGGUGGGACCAAAGGUUUUAAAUAUUGGGGCACUCUGCCUUUUCCUUUCUCUUUUGCAGAGUGCAUCGGAUCACCUGCCCACCCGCCCUGUGUUCCGGUUGACCUUGCUAUGCCUGUCAUGGGGUCGUCUGCCUUGGGGCAGGGGCCUAGUAGGAAUUUUGCCAUUUGGCUGAUUGGCUGGUGCCAUCUGGUUUUUGCCUACUACUUAGCAAUUCGUCAGAACUUGUAAGGUUGCGCUAGGCAUUGUUUAUAAAAAUUGGUGGAGGAGGGGUCAGGAUAGGCUGUGCCUGCCCCUCCAAUGGUGGUGGAAGGGAAUUCCGUUAAAGGAAUCCUGGGGCUUGCCAUGAUUUCGUCCAAUCCCUGAAAUGGGACCAGGGCCAGCAAGCCUUGGGGAGCAGAUUGGGUGAGCGGUAAGGGACUGACGCUCAGCUCAACUGAUCCCCAAUAUUGUUAUCCUUUCACUGGCUUCCGAGGGAGUUCGGAUAGUCAGUUCUGUCCCAGGUGGGGGGGACAGAUAGUCAUAACCAAUGCCUAAGCAACCACUCACAGAUUAUGUAUUUUAAUAAAGUUGUGGCCCAAAAUUUUAUGCCAAAAACCUUAAACUAAAACCUUUUCAUUUUGUCCCUCUGCAGUAUAUAUAGCGAGCUGGUCCUCUGCACUGGGCUGCUGGCUGAAGGGAUGGGCUGCCCGGUGGCCAGCCCCACGUUGGACGCCUUCUUCAUGAGAAUCCACGCGGAGUACUUCGCCAACUGCUCCCUCCCCCGUGACCCCACAGAGCUUCGGACACCCACCGGAGUGGUCGUCAUCUUGACCUCCCUGCCGGUCUGUUUGGUGCCCCUCUCCAUCGCCCUCGUUCUCCGCAAGGCAUGGGGUCCCGAAACUGCACUGCAAACUGCCCCACGGUGGGCAACAGUUCGAAAGGGAGUGGUACUGCUAAAUGCUGAGAGGUGCGAGACAUCUAGCCUGGAAGACAACUGA